GAGAGAGAGCACUCACAGCAUGCCAGUUUGUGUGGACAGUGUGUGUGCUGUCUUGAAUACAAAAGGACAUCUUCACAGGUUCAACACAGGCACGUACUGGUGUUUGUGCGGGAUUCUCAUUUUUCUGGAAACUGCCAGCCUCAGGUAUGAGGGCCUGCUUGGUGUUCCUUUGCUUACUGGCAGCGACUCUUGCCCUGUCUGUAAAAAGUAAACCUCAUGGAAAACAUCACAGAUUGCAUAAGACUUUACACACAGCCAAGGAAAAGGAUGUCAUCACAGAGGAAGCCAAUAAGCCUCAGAUCUUGCCUACUUUAGUCACUUUUAUGGCUGUCAGCCAGGAGCAGGAAGAUGAGGAACUGAGUUCCGAAGACAACGCUAACGCUAACAAGGAGGACGAAGAGGUGACCGAAAAGAGAGAGAAAAGCACUGCGGUCCUGCUGAGUGAGGAGGAACUGGUAGACCUGCUGAGGAAAGAGGCAGAAGAAGAGGAAGAAGAAGCAGAAGAAGGAGAGCUGGAGGAAGAAGUGGAGGCUGACAAAGGCCAGGUGGAGUCUAGUGAGGCUGAGGAGAUCACUGGUGAGAAAACUGAGGGGGAGGAGAAGAAGAAGAUGGACAAGUUAGAGGAAGAGGUGAAGGAAGAGAGCGGGAAAGAUGAAGAAGAGGAAGAGGUGGAGAAGAUUCCCCUAGAGAAAGAGCAGAAAGAAUCUACUGGCAAAAUGGCUGACACAGAAGAGCAAGCGGCACUUCUGGAUGAGGCAGAUGGCAGCACAGAAUCAGAGAUCCCAGUCGAUCUCGACUAUGCUGCUGAUAGUGGCCUUUUGCAGCCUCUGCAGAUUGUACCUGCUGAAGUCAAAGCCCACAAUGACACCCAGGCAAAUUCAAAAGCAGAUGUUAAAGAGAAGGAAGAACUGCCGAGCAUUGCUGACGACUAUGAACAAGAAAUGCAAAACACCGAGGCAGCAGACAGCGAGGAAGCGUCUGAUCAGGAAAAAGUCCCUCAGGAAGCAAAAGGCAGUGCAGAGCUUGAAUCAAGGUCUCGGCUGUCUGAGAAGGAGGAAGAGAAGAGCAAGAAUGACAGUGGAAGUCACACCAAGAGAAAGACGAGAAAGCAAAAGAAGAACCAGAGAGAAAAGAAGCAUUCUGCACAGAGGGACGAAACACAAGCUGGGAAAGAGCAGAGCCAGCAGGAUGCUCCGGAGUCUGAUGGCAGCAACAUCGACAACACAGUGCACAAGGCCAAGAGGAGAAGGGCAGGAAAAUGGGGUCCUUUAGUAGGUAUGAAUCCAGUGCAGAUAAGAGCGACAGUAGAUUUGUACCCCAGGUCCAGACCCUCCGCUGAUGAAGGCCUGCAUCCCUCAGAGACCCCUGCUGAUCCAUGUGACAGUUUCCGCUGCAAACGUGGGAAAACGUGUAAACUUGAUGCAGACAAUAAGCCAGGUUGUGUGUGUCAAGAGCCGUCACAGUGUCCUCCCAGCAUGAAUGAAUUUGAUCAUGUUUGUGGGACAGACAACAAAACAUAUGACACCUCAUGUGAACUUUUUGCCACUAAAUGCAAUCUGGAGGGCACUAAGAGAGGACACAGACUGCAUCUGGACUACACUGGGGCAUGCAAAUUGAUACCUGCAUGUGUGGACACUGAGCUGAUCCAGUUUCCUCUGCGUAUGAGGGAUUGGCUGAAAAAUGUGCUGCUGCAGCUGUAUGAGCAUGACUCCGUAUCCCAUGGCUUCCUCACUCCUAAACAGCGCUUUAGAGUAAAGAAAAUCUUUGAGAGCGAGAGGCGCCUUCACGCUGGUGAUCACUCUGUUGAGCUUCUCGCACAGGACUUUGAGAAAAACUACAACAUGUACAUCUACCCAGUACACUGGCAGUUUGCCCAGUUGGACCAGCAUCCAUCUGACAGAUUCUUGUCCCACUCAGAGUUGGCCCCACUCAGGGUUCCUCUGGUGCCGAUGGAGCACUGCACCUCUCGCUUCUUCCAGGAGUGUGACGCCGACAAAGACAAGCAGGUUUCCUUUAAAGAGUGGACCACUUGCUUUGGUAUCAAUAAUGAGGAUAUGGAUGUCAACCUGCUUUUCUGAGCUUUGUUUUGCACCAUGUCAACCAUACGAGCUCGUGGAAGCUGCUCCAGCAUUCCAGCUUGAAACUGAAGCCUCCAUGUACCAAUUGGCUCUUUUUAUUUUUAUAUUUUUUCAGGUCAAAAUGUUAAAAUACACCCUGGCAAAGGAACCCCUUUUACCUCCUGCUGUAAAGAACAGAUGUUGGUAAUCACGGCUGUUAUUUUGUGUCAGGCUAAGCUUGGACAUUUAAGUGGUUCAUCGGUAAUUUAGACUAAGCUGCUAGAAGUGUUUCUUUUUUAGGAUAUAAGUAUGUUUAGCCAGUUUUAUCCAGAAUCUGCUUUCUGAUGCAUUCCAACCUGGGGGGAAAGUUUACAACAGCAUAUUAAUAGAAAAGGCAGCAUGCCGUGCUUUAAAAAAAAACUGUGGUUUGUCUGUUAGAGUGAUUUAGUACAGAAUUACUCUUUAAAUUAUAAAGGUUUAGUAGACCGUUUCAAAUCCUUGUGUUAUACUAGUAAAUGUAAAUCAGUAACUGUGUUGCUUAACUGAGAAACAAAUGCUGUAAAUGUUUGUCUUCUGAUCUUAUAUAUAGUUCUAAUUAAAGUUUUAUGGACAGUAAAAAAAAAGA